GGGUGUGGUCAGCCAACCCAAGUCCAGCGGCGUGUGCGUCAACGACGGUGAGGCGACGAGCCAGGUGUGUAGUGGAGCCCGCGAAAGUGUGACCAGUAACGGUGCGUGAAACGCCAGCGCGCAGGGAAAGCCCCCGCAGUGAGAGCCAUCCGUUUGUUCCGUCGGUUGCGUCGGUUGUUGAGAGCCCGAAAGUGUGAUAUUUAGGAAGCCUUUUUCGUCCAUUUUCCGGGUGCCAGCCCGAAACGUGAUAUUUGUGACCCUUGCAGCGUGCAAUGUUGAGAAACAAUCGCUAGUGAACCGCGAUAUUCGAAGCGACCAGCAACCGGGAGAAGAAGAAGCCCACCAAAGGCCAAAUAGUGCCAAUCGGGAAGAGUGUAGCAAAGAAAGAAAGAGCACAGAUUAGUGGCAACUGCCUGCAACGGUCUAACCUGGCUGCCGCCAUGUCCAGCAUAAGCGAGUUCUACCGGGACAAGGUGGUGUUCGUCACCGGUGGCACCGGGUUCAUCGGGAAGAUCGUGGUGGAAAAGCUGCUUCGUACCUGCGAGGUGAAGGAAGUGAUCCUCAUGGUGCGCGAGAAAAAGAACACGCAGCCGGAACAGCGCAUCAAGGCGCUCUGCUCGUCACCGAUAUUCGAACGAUUGGCCAAAAAGCAGCCCAACUACCGCGAUCGGAUCCGGGUGGUCGAGGGUGACCUGGAGAAGCCCAACUAUGCCCUGAACCCGGACGUGAUGAGCUACCUGAAGGAGUACACGCACAUUAUCCUGCACAUUGCCGCGACGGUCAAGUUUGACGAGGAGAUGAUCAAGGCCAUCAACAUCAAUCUGGGCGGCACGCGGACCGCGCUCGAAAUCGGACGCCAGGCCAAAAACCUACAGAGCUUCGUGUACGUGUCAACGGCAUACUCGAACAGCUACGACGAAUACAUUCAGGAGCGGGUCUACAACGUGGACUGUGAUCCGGAGAAAAUCCUGGCCCAUCUCGACGACGAGAAAGUGAAGCAGGAGCUGAUCAAGUACUCACUAAAGUGGCCCAACACGUACACCUUCACGAAGGCCCUCGCCGAGACGCUGACCCUCGAGUACCGCAAGCACUUCCCGGUCGCCAUCUUGCGCCCGUCCUGCGUAAUGGCCAGUCUCAACGAACCCGUGCCCGGAUGGUGCGACAGUAUCUACGGCUCCAACGGUACGUUCAUCGGUUGGUACUACGGGCUGAUCCGGACCAGUCACAUCGAUCCGGACGUCAUGAUCGACACCGUGCCGGUUGACUACGUCUCGAACGCCAUCAUUGCGGUCGGCUGGAAGACGUACAAGCAGAGGAUCGAGGAACCGGAAGUGUUGGUCUACAACUGCGUCAGCUCGACCGAUAACCCGCAGACAUUUGACGAAAGACGUCGGGAGUGUGAGAAAGCUUGCAAAAGGCACCCCCUGCUGACUGGCAUCUACCGGCCAGUGACGUUCGCCUCCAGCAACGAGCUCCUGUUCCGACUGUACUCGCUGGUGCUCCACUAUCUUCCCGCCUACGUCAUGGACCUGGCGAUGCGGCUGCGGGGCGAGAAGCCACGUCUGGUGGACACGUACAUCAAGAUCGACAAGGUGGUGGCCAGCGUGAAGAAGUUCACCAACACGUCGUACUUCUUCGACAACCAGAACAUGAAGGAUCUGUACCUUAGCAUGAGCUCGGUGGACCAUCAGCAGUACCCGUGCGACAACCGAACCUACAGCUGGCGGCUGUAUUUCGAGGUGGUGGUGCCAGGGCUGAAGAAAUACUUUUUCAAGGAGGACCUCAACAACGUCCAGCAGGCCCGCCAGGCCAUGCGCAAAAAGGAGCUGCUCGUGAACGGCACACUGUUUCUGCUAGUCGCUCUCCUGCUGCUGCAGCUGUACUACGUGCUGUUCUAGGGCCCAGGUCGCCAGGAGCGACCCCAACCUAGCGCAACUGGAGAUCGGUACAAUCCACGAGAAGAGUUCGAUCGUUACGCAAACAAAUUGAAACACAAACGAAACCCCACGCAUGUAGACAGUAAAGCAUAGCGGGAUCCAUAGUUCAUUUAAUAUGUUUUAAGGGCCACGGGCAGUUGGCAGUGGACAGCAGACGCAUAUAGUAUAGUCGAUAGCAGUAGUGCGGUAGUGCAGCAGCAGCAGCAGCAACGUCAGCGGCAUCAGGGCUGGAAGGCGUAGUGGUAGUGAUAGGGUUAAUCAGACUUGUAUAACCUCUCCCCGAAAACCGUUCUUCAUGUACAGCGCAGCGGCGCUGAAAUUGGCCAGCAUCGAACCGGAUCACACCAGACUGUCGGUCACCUUGUGUUUUUGUGUGUGUUUUUUAUUAAUAUUAUUAAUCUGUUAGCCAGCUAGCUUCGGGCAGCUCGUAGAAUUGAAUUGCGAGGAUCCCACGGCCCAUAGGGUUGCGCACUCGUGCGCGAAAAAAAGAAUAAAACAGCUCAGUCAGGUGGCUCAUUGCCAUGCUGACCGAUCCUUUCCGGUUAUCCUACCGUUGGCGACUCGGGUAACACGCUCUGGGGCGAUUUCCGUUUCGGAUAGAUAUUUAUUACUUUGAUGUUCGUGCGCUGCACACAUUCAGUAAAUGGUUCGAAUAAAGUGGAAAGCAGUACGUG